AGUUGUCCCCUUCCUGCCCUCUGCGCCUCUGGCCUGCACCCUGCAACAAGGAGCAAAGACCCGGGUCCCGAGCCAGGCAUGGGCGGGGGGCGGGUUCCACGGGCUGAGGCCAUUGUCUCCAUCACACGGACAGUGAUCUAGAACCCACCACCCCACAGAGCCACAUUCUAGAGCUCAGGGGCCGGGCCCCUUCCCCAGUUCUCGAAGCCCCCAGGGGGAGAGGAGAGAGAGGGAGAGGCCUUCCUCGCCAUGCUCCUUUUCUGGGACUCCCUGGCACCGAGGCCAGUGCGACGGGAUUGCCUCUGAGAAGGCUCGGUCCAUAGGUUGCUCUGAGCAUUGCUCCUGGACUAAGGAGAGCCAGGCAUGGCGGAGGAGGUAUGGGUGGGCACCUGGAGGCCCCAUCGCCCCCGGGGACCCAUCAUGGCCCUCUACAGCAGCCCCGGACCCAAGUACCUGAUUCCACCCACCACAGGCUUUGUGAAGCACACGCCUGACAAGCUGCGUGCACCGGCCUACAGCUUCCAUGGGGCCCCCAUGCUCCUGGCAGAGAACUGCUCCCCGGGGCCCCGCUACAGCGUGAACCCCAAGAUACUGAGGACUGGCAAGGACAUCGGCCCCGCCUACUCCAUCCUGGGGCGCUACUGCACUAAGACCACGCUGACCCCCGGCCCUGGCCACUACUUUCCAGAGAAAUCUACCAAGCAUGUGUUCGACUCGGCGCCCAGCCACUCCAUUUCUGCCCGAACCAAGACCUUCCGAGUGGACAGCACCCCAGGCCCCGCUGCCUACAUGCUGCCCGUGGUGAUGGGGCCCCACACUGUCGGCAAGGCCUCCCAGCCCGCCUUCUCCAUCAAGGGCCGCAGCAAGCUGGGCAGCUUCAGCGACGACCUGCACAAGACCCCAGGUCCCGCAGCCUACCGCCAGACCGAUGUCCAGGUGACCAAGUUCAAGGCUCCACAGUACACCAUGGCUGCCCGAGUGGAGCCCCCGGGGGACAAGACCCACAAGCCAGGACCAGGAGCCCACAGCCCUGAGAAGGUCUGGCAAGAGCACUGCCCGGAGGGGUGGGGUGGGGACGGGUCUGUAAGCCUACAAGGGUCACGGGGGCCAGGCACCAUCAGAACACUGUGCGUUCCAGCACCAGCCUUCCCCAGCCGGCAGGCUCUGGGUCCCCAGUGUCCCCAAACACUGGUGACGGUGAGCGCUGCCGAGUGUCACCACACACCAGGCUCUGAGAGGGGCUUCCUGCUGGUCACCUUGGCCGGCGGUUUAGGGGGUACAGCAGCCCCAGCCCCAGUGAGGGCAGAGCCUGCAGGGUGGGGGCAGGGGUGCCGGCCCCUCACAGCCUCUCCUCUCCCAGGUGACAGUGACCAAGCCCCGCGCCCCGAUCGUCACCUUUGGCAUCAAGCAUUCUGACUACAUGACACCCCUGGUCGUGGACGUGGACUAGCCCUGGCCCCGCCCCACCCGUCACGCUAACUAAGCCUCUGCACAUCAUGUCCCCCCAACAACAGAUUCCCUGAGCUGAGGGCUUUGGGCGGCUCCUCUACCAGCUGGGCUGCAGCCGGCCUGGCCCUGCAGGGCAGAGCAUGCUUGCUCGGACAGUUGUGACCAGCUGUUUUUUCUAUGCUUUCCCAUUUGCUAAACUGUUUCCUGCUGUGCCCAGAUAUACAAUAAAUCACGGAUUCCGUUAGCGAUGGUUUGCCUUGAGGGAGGAUUAACAUUUUCCAGAAAGGGGCCCCCACAGGCGAUCAUGCCAGCCCAUGUCAGGUCCCACCCUAGCUUCCAGGGCCUGGGGUCUGAGCAGAGAGGAG